AUGUCGCAUCCAAGUAUGCCAGAAAACGGCGUCAGAAGUAGAGAUCCAUAUGUUUUCAAGAAUCAGGAAUGGCUGCCCGAGAUUCCAGUUCAAGCACUGACGGCCGCCCUAAAGGGAUGGGAUGAUUCGACAAACGACAAGUACCUUGACUGCUUCCAUGAAGAUGCGAUCUUGCACUUCGGCGGCGAGCACAAGGGUAGAAAGGGCAUUAAGGCGUGCAGAGACUCGAUGAUUCACCCAGAGAAGGGACCCAUCCUCAGGUCCGCGCACUUUUUUGAGACGGGCUUUGUCACUGGAGGUGGAAUGGGAAUCGACGGAAAGUGGGAGAUUAUUGGUGUUGCUGACGUACGAUAUGACCUGGUCAACAAGACCGAAGCGUGGACAAGAGCUUCAAGCUGGUGUCGCGUGGUCAAGAGCGACGACCAGUGGCUGAUCGAGGCUUACGAGGUGUUCAUGGAUCCAACAGCGCUGUUCCAGAAGAUGGGCGAGCUCGGAAAGUGA